AUGGUAACAACCACCAGUGAAAGAUUUACCGAAAAUCCUAAGGAUAGUGAUAAUGAGGAGGGUUCAGGUGAGAAAAAAGUAGAGAUUGAGAAAGUUCCACAAACACCACCUGAAAGGGAGGUUGUCAAAAUGGUAGAGAAGGAAGAGCUAUGUGUUGUCCCUCCUCCCUAUAAAUCACCAAUUCCUUUCCCGCGAAGGUCUGUGGAAGUUAAGGUAGACCCCAAAUCCGAAAGAAACGAGGAGCUAUCAGAAAAUAUCCACACCAAUGCACCUUUAUCUGCCACCCUGAACAAGAAGAGAGAAUUUGAAGCCCAUGAAAUUAGGGAACUAAUUAGUAUAAAAAGGGGCAAACCAGACUUUGAGGUGGUGUUUUCAAAAAUUGAACCUAAACCUGAAAAGCUAGCUCCCAGAAUAGAGCCAGAACCACCACCACAAACACCUCUAGGACCUUUCCCUGAGAAACAUGCGGAUAUGGUAACAACCACCAGUGAAAGAUUUACCGAAAAUCCUAAGGAUAGUGAUAAUGAGGAGGGUUCAGGUGAGAAAAAAGUAGAGAUUGAGAAAGUUCCACAAACACCACCUGAAAGGGAGGUUGUCAAAAUGGUAGAGAAGGAAGAGCUAUGUGUUGUCCCUCCUCCCUAUAAAUCACCAAUUCCUUUCCCGCGAAGGUCUGUGGAAGUUAAGGUAGACCCCAAAUCCGAAAGAAACGAGGAGCUAUCAGAAAAUAUCCACACCAAUGCACCUUUAUCUGCCACCCUGAACAAGAAGAGAGAAUUUGAAGCCCAUGAAAUUAGGGAACUAAUUAGUAUAAAAAGGGGCAAACCAGACUUUGAGGUGGUGUUUUCAAAAAUUGAACCUAAACCUGAAAAGCUAGCUCCCAGAAUAGAGCCAGAACCACCACCACAAACACCUCUAGGACCUUUCCCUGAGAAACAUGCGGAUAUGGUAACAACCACCAGUGAAAGAUUUACCGAAAAUCCUAAGGAUAGUGAUAAUGAGGAGGGUUCAGGUGAGAAAAAAGUAGAGAUUGAGAAAGUUCCACAAACACCACCUGAAAGGGAGGUUGUCAAAAUGGUAGAGAAGGAAGAGCUAUGUGUUGCCCCUCCUCCCUAUAAAUCACCAAUUCCUUUCCCGCGAAGGUCUGUGGAAGUUAAGGUAGACCCCAAAUCCGAAAGAAACGAGGAGCUAUCAGAAAAUAUCCACACCAAUGCACCUUUAUCUGCCACCCUGAACAAGAAGAGAGAAUUUGAAGCCCAUGAAAUUAGGGAACUAAUUAGUAUAAAAAGGGGCAAACCAGACUUUGAGGUGGUGUUUUCAAAAAUUGAACCUAAACCUGAAAAGCUAGCUCCCAGAAUAGAGCCAGAACCACCACCACAAGAAGACGAUGAUGCACCACUAAUUAUUGGUCGACCUUUCAUGAAGACCGCUAGAAUGAUGAUUGAGAUUGAUGAUGGUCUAAUGAAGGUGAGGGCUCAAGAUGAAGAGGUUUUCUUAAAUCUCUUUGAAUCCAUGAAGCAUUCAAAGGAUAAAAGUGAUUAUUUUCGAAUUGAUGCAACCAAUGAGGCUAUAAUGGAAGUAAAAAGGCAAGUUCAUGUGUCCACUCCCCUUGAAAAAGCUCUUACCAAUGCGCUCAAAGUUCUCAAUGAGGACGAAGAAAAAGAAAUUGAAGAAUGUCUAAGAGAACUUGAGGCAUUGGAAGAAAUUCCUCCAUUGGAAGCAAAAGUUGAAAAUUUGAAAGAAGAACCAAAGAUAGAAGAGUCCAAACUUGAAUUGAAGAUGUUACCUUCAAACUUGAAAUAUGUAUUUCUUGAAGAAGAUGGGCACAAAACGAUGAUGAUAAGCAACACUCUAUCCAAGAAUGAAGAAGAAAAAUUGAUUAAUGUCUUGAAGAAAAAUCAAAGUGCAAUGGGUUGGACUCUUUUCGAUUUAAAAGGAAUAAGACCAUCUUAUUAUAUGCACAAGAUAUUGAUGGAGGAUGAUUUCAAACCGGAUGCCCAAACUCAAUGUCGCUUGAAUCCUACCAUGAAAGAGGUGGUGAGGAAGGAAGUGGUGAAGAUGUUUGAAGCCAGAAUGAUUUAUCAAAAUUCAGAUAGUGCGUGA